AUGGCAUUCCGCACCGGUUGCGACGCCAUCUGGUGCAGGGCAUUUUCACUGUCUUUGGAAGGAGAAGCUUUGGAAUGGUUUGAUUCCCUGCCGGACGGCUCUAUAGAAAAUUUCAAGGGAUUGAGCAACAUGUUCAAAAAUCAGUUCGCGGCCUGCCGGACACAAGAGGCCACGAUUGUUGACCUGAUGAACCUCAAGCAGGGUAAGGAGGAGCCUCUCGAGACCUUCAUGGAUCGGCUCCAAAAAAACGUUCGGCGUAUGAAGGGACUCAACACAGAGUUGGCUUUACAACACGUUAUGCCCGGACUGCGUCCCGGACCGUUCAAGGACAACAUUUGUCGAAAUCCUCCCAAGAGUAUGGAAGAGUUGCGCCAGCGAACGGCCGAUGAGAUCAGGGUUGAAGAUAUGAAACAAAGUUACCGGAAGGAACUCCAGGAAGCAAAGGCGGAGAAGGAAAGUCGACGAGAUAAUCAAGGUAGCCGUCCGGGGGGGCAACAAGGCGAGAGAGGGACCCCGGAACCCACGACUCCCGCAGUAUACGCAACUAAACGCCCCUAG